CUGAGAUUCACCCACAUCUUGCCUCUACCCAAGAGUCUAAAGACCUUCUCUCAUUCAAACUUAGAAAGCCUCUGUUGAACCUGGGAGUUCAGCUAUGGAGAAUCACCCUCAGAGCAAAACUGAGAGACCAAUGAAGAAGUCAGCAGCUAAUCAAAUGGAAAAAAGCAUGCAUGAAGAUUUCGUAUCCAGUGAAGAACUAUUGGAAUUGAGAAGGGUUUUGAAAGUGAUUUCAACAGUCCCCAGAGGUUUGAAUCCUCACAUCAAGGAAUUUAUACGCACAACUUUGUUGUUGCAAGUGAUACAGAAUGACGAGGGUACAGCUGACAGUCUCCAAGUGUGGCAGACGGUUCCCAGUCUAUCUUUGGAGGUACUGAUCACACAGCUGGAUAUGACACUUGAGGAGAAAAUUCAAGCUGCCAAUUGGAACGGAUAUCAGUUAAAUAUGGAUUAUUAUCUGACAUUACUAUUUAUAUACGGAUUAGCACUCAUUGAAAGGGGGACAAAGCAGGAUUAUCCUAAAGCUAGAAGUAAAUUCAUGACCAUGAAAAUGGAAAUUGAGAAGAAUGAAGAUUGUAGGAAUUUUUUAUCUUUAGUUUAUUUUGGGUGUGGUUUACUGCUAGGAACUCAAAAAAGGUAUAAUGGAGGAUUACUGGAAUUUCAAAAAAGCAAGCAAGAAAUACAAGAUAAUAAUGAAAACUGGUAUGAUAUAGACCAUAUAAAAAAUGAAGAUUUACCUGAAACAUUUCAAGAUCUUCUUGAUGACUAUAUUAAAAAAUAUGAAAAUCACAUAGAACAGGAGACUAUUUGCCGUUUUCCUGAUUGUGAGAGGUCUUGCGAGACUGAUAUUUUAAAGAAAUCUAAAUAUAAGGGUUUUGUUCAUCUCAGUUGCAGUGGAAACUGCAGAAUUUACUUCCAUAAAAUUUGUUGGGAAAGGCUCAAGGAUUUAAACUAUUCUGGGAAAAGUGAUAAGAGCUUUUUUGGAAAAACAUGUUUGAAAAAAGGAUGUAUUGGUAACAUUGUAAAGAUGCAAAAAUGUGAAGAACCCGGAGUCUUUAAUAAUCUGUAUGAAGGUUUGAAAAAGGAUGAAUGUAUUCAAAGCUAUUAUAAAAAAUUCAAGACCUUACCAGUCACUGAAGGAGUGGCUGUGAAAACAGAACCGAAUUCUUAUAGUUAUAAUCCAGAAGAGGUCCUUCAGGAUGAGAUACUAGAACAGAAUGAAUCUCCACUAGACUUUAUUAAAGAUAUGAAAUCAGACUUAGAAGAACUGCCAGCAGAAAUUCCUAAACAUGAAAAAUCAGCACCUAGUGAAUCUUCAAUAGAAUCCAUUAAAGAUGUCCAGGAGAAUGCUCGAGUUAACAAUAAAUCAAAGAAGAAGAAAAAGAAUAAGACAAAGAAGAAUAAAGAGCUGAAUAAAGAACAUAGUCCAAGUAUCCUUAGAAAGGAAGAACAGGCAGAAAAAGCUCAAGAGUUAAAUCCACAACUGAGUAAUGGACCAGAGAAAAAGAAUCCAUGUGAUCUUCAACUUGAUCCUGCAGCUGAAAAAGAGGCCUGUAGCCCAGUUCAAUCAGAUGCUCCAGAUUUCCCAGAUCAGGGCUCAAGGAACAAGCCAACCAUAAAACAUGUAAAAAGUCCUGAAGAAACUAGGGAGCUGCAGCAACAACUCUGGGAAACAAGGAGGCAAUGUGCAGACUUCAAAAAACAGUUGGAAGCAAUGGCUGUCCAGUGGCAACAGAAGCAGGUACAGAUUAAAGAGAAAGAGAAAAUGAUUGCCGGUCUUAACCAACAGAUUUCUUCUGGUAACCACAAGGUUUCCAAAUUACAACAGGAAAUGCAGGCUAAAGAUUCUGAAAUCAGGAAGCUUAAAGAGAAAUUUGCUUCAGAAAGGUCUCAGUGGGAAAGGGAGAAAAAUAAACUAGAAGCCAAAGCAAAGAAGUGCCUGAGCAAGCUGAAUGGAGAAACCAAUAGAGCUAUAACAGCAGAGGUGUGCUUCCUUCAGAGCCGCAGAGAUUUUGGCCUCCAUCAGCUGGAACAGACUGAGAGGGAGUGCCUGCUUCAGCUUAUCCGUGUGAAAAACAUGGCAACAAGAGAUCCAGAAUCACUUCAGCUAAAAGCAGCUGUAGAAAGUUGGGAAACCAUUGUGACAGACGUCAGAAACAAAAUUGCAUUUAGCAGGACACAAUAUAAUGAACAAAUUGCUCUGGUGAAGAAUGGUUUUCCUCUAAACUGCUUGCCUCUGGUACAGAUUCCUCCACCACCACCCAGUCCUGAUAUAUUGAUGCAGCAUUUCUUGGGAAAACACAUCAUGAAAGAAAAUCCCUUGAGAGGGAUCCCCAAUUCUCAGUUUGCUUCAUCAUACCCUGGAGUUGGUUCUACCACUAACCAGACUAGACCACCUUUGGUGACAGGUAUGGCCCAACCUACACAAGUGCCAAUUUUGGAAACCAGAAUUUCCGAGACAGUCAUGGGAAAUGAACGCAUCAAGAUCAGCUGGGAGAGGAUUAUGGAAAAGCUAAAAACUGCCUUUCCAGAAUAUAGCAGGAAGGAACUCACAGACCUCUUAAGAAAACUGAAGGAUGCCAAUGGUAGAUCCUUGACUGGGCUGACAUUUGAUGAAAUAGUUCGCAGAGUUUCCCAAAUGGUUGAACCUAAAAGAUCUCAGAAUCAAGUACAAGGAGUACAGAGUGCUGAUUCUAUUCCUUCUAGCCACCCUCAGUCCAAACCUAGCAUUGAUCAACCUCAACGUCCUGCCUGGAGACCACUCAACCCACAAGUCCCUGUGGCAUGGGAAGGGACCAAAAACUUGGGUGAUGAAGAGGAGCCUUGUGUGAUCUGCCAUGAUAAUCUCACCCCAGAAAACCUAUCUGUGCUGGCUUGUGCUCAUAAAUUUCAUUCUCAGUGCAUUAAACUGUGGCUGAAACAACAAGGGACAUGUCCUACAUGCAGACUCUAUGUUGUACUGCCAGAAGAUUUCCCGGUUCUUCCCAGCCGACACAUACCCAAAAUCUGA